AUGACGCGAGGACGAGGAGCCCGCCCGCUGGUGGGCCUAGCGCUGCUGCUGCUCGCAGGCGCCGCGUCUGCACAGCCACUCAUGUCCCAGGCGGGCGACCUGCUCAUGAUGCUCACCAAAGCCAUCGACACCGUCCGCGACUUCCGCAACUCCACCGUCCCCGCCGGCAGCAAGGGCGCCGGCGGCGCGGCGGGCGCCAACCUGCCGGGCCCGAUCAGCAGCGAGCCCUUCUCCGCACGGAUCCUAAAGCUCAAGGUCGGCGGCGGCAACACGUAUGAGUGGAACGUCGCGUCGCUGGCGUUCCCGCGGAACAUCACCGUGGGCGGUAGCGAGGCCGCGCAGGUGACGUUUAAGACGCGGUACUCGCGCAGCCCGGCCGCGUACGUCCCCUACUUCCUCAAGGGAACGCUGGAGCUGCGCAACCUGAGGAAUGACGCCGUCAAGCUGCAGGGCCCGGUCAAGGUCCUUGUGACCCUCCGCCGCGCUCCUGGCGUAACAACCGGCCCUGCUGUCCUGGAGACCACCCACUACGCCUCGUGCGGCAAGUCCGCCCCCACCAAAGUCGCCGCCAGGAGGAACGGCGGCAGGGCCGGCAUCACCAGGUGCAACUUCGAGGCCGCCCUGCCGCAGGCGCUGCUGAUGACGCGCGCCGCAGAGGCUGCACUGGCGGACGCCCUCGGCGCCAGCGCCGGCGCCGGCGGCGCCGCGCUGCCGGACGCUGAGGCGGCCGCCAAGUCGAUCAGCUCCAAGGCGGACGCCUUCUCGCCCGAGGCCGCCAUCGUGGUGCAGGCGCUGCCCCAUUUCGCAAAGGGCCCCAUGGCACUCAACCAGCCGUACAAGGCGGCGUUCGGCAUCCCCGAGGGCGCCUGCGUCGCCGUCGGCGAGAAGAUCGCCGGCGCCCUCUCCCGCUUCAUCCAGCCGACAGGCUCCUUCCUGCCCUCUGGAGUGCGCGUGGCGUGCGAGGCCGGGGCGUCCCGCACAUCUGUUGCCAAGCUGGGCGGCUUCGAUGCGUCGGCGUGCGGCGCCCACCCGCUGACGCUCACGCCCUUUGGAAUCCCUGUCGAUGCCGAGGAUGCCGGAAAGGCCGUGAUCAACGUCGUCGGCUGCAACAGGACCCUGCUGGGCCGCCCUGACGUGGUGCUCACCAAGCUGGAGGCGGUGCGUGUCUACAACCACACCUGGUCCGUCGCCACCCAGGUCACGCCGCAGCUGAACCGCACCGCAAAGCUCGGGGCCGAAGCCGAGGCGGCGGCGGCGGCCGGCGGCACGCUGGUGCUGGCGGCCAACGGGUACGCGUCGGCGGACUACACCAUGACGAUCACCAAGAACCCUGUAAUUGACCUUGGGAACCGCAUCAGGGGCGAAGUGGCAAUCACCACCACCUCCAUGGUGCCCGAGCUGCUCCCCACUGGCUCAGUGCGGAUCGCCGUGACCUCCCCCGGCUACAACGCCACGUACCUCGACGCAAAGUGCCCGCCCGUCGUCGGGCCCGGCGGCGCCAAGUGCACAUUCGACGCCCCCUGGUCUGCCACCAAGAUUGGAUCCGUCCAGGCCCAGCUCAAGUCGCUCGCGGCGUCGUCUUUCGACGUCAACAGCGGGACCAAGCGCCCCUUCGACUUCUCCAGCCCCCAGAUAAUAGAUCUGGGCGCCUGUGUCAACGUGGACCGUGCCUACCUCGGGGAGUCCGACGUCGCUGCCGCCCCCAGUGCGGGCGGCGCCAAGAAGCCGCCGCCGCUGAACAACCUCGUCAACGGCGUGGACGCCCUGCUUGGGGCCGUGCGCGUCGACCUGACGCGCUACGGCUUGCCCAAGGACACUUUUGGCGAGCUGCUUGGACUUGGGGCCCCCAAGGUUGACGACGCCUCGCGCCGCCGCCUCAUGGCAUCAUUGGAUCCAGAGGCCAACCGCGCCGACGCGGCCGCGCAGCUUGCGCCCGCGCUGCACCCGCUCAAGCUGCUGUCCGGCGCUGCGCCGCCGCCACCUGGCUCGGGCUCGCCGCUGCGCAUCUGCAAGUCCCAGGUGCUCUCCUGGACAGAGCAAUUUGGCGGCGUUGGAGAUUCGCAGUGUGCCACUGUGUUCAGCGCGUCCCAGGCGCUCAGCGUGUCCCCCAACGGCACCGCUGCUGGCGCGCAGCCCCCCAUCGUCCGCAGCAUUGGCCUGCCCGUCCUGGUCGCCGGCUGCGAUAUGAAGCCAGCCGCUAAGCUGCUCGCGCUGCGCGCGACUGCGACCAAGGCCUACUCCUGGACUGUCUCGAACAAGUACCUGGACAAGAAGUUCAACGUGCCGCAGUCCAACCCCAACCCCGUGGUCGCGCGGUACAGCGUGGCCUUCAACCGCACCAGCAGCCUCACCAACUACACACUGGAACCAGCGGUCGUGCUGCUCAACCACUUUGCGGCCAAGCUCCCGGUGUCCGCCGUCUACGCGACCAUCCGCCUCGACGACGCGCCCAACGCGCAGCUGACCGCCAAGCUUGUCUGCAAGGGCCAGUCUGAGAGCGGCGCCCUUGUCCUGCCCGCUGCCGCGUCGGCGUCCGAGCCCGUGCCCGUCGGGUGCGUCGGCUCGAUCCAGCUGCCCGGCCCCUCGGCGACCGGCACCAUCGUUAUCACGACGGAGACCCCCAAGAGCGGCAACGUCACCUCGGACCCCAGCCGCUUCGACCUGCAGGGGGCGCCCGUGGACGUCACCGCCGAGAAGGGCAAGUGCAUCACGGUGGAGGGCGGCUUCUCUGACGCAGUCAAGAACGGCGUGCUGGGCAUCCGCCCCGUCAGGACAAACGGGCCCGCCAUCAUCGGGACGCAGGAGCUGUGUGAGCCCCGCAAGCUGGGCUUCAGCGCCGAGUUCGGCCCCUUCACAGACGGCUCCUGCGGCAACUUUGUGGGCCGCUACGUGGUCAGCAUCCUCGGCCUGGGCAAGACCUCCUCGUCCUCCGCACUCAUCACAGUCCACAGCUGCAAGAAGUGA